CGAUCUCCGGCCACCACCACCCAACCCGCGGCCCCAAAUCUCUCUCCCCGCUUUCCCGGAGACAGAUCCAGCCAUGGGCGCCGCGGCGAGGAGGGCGGCCGAGCAGGAGCAAAGCUGCAAGGCCACGGAGGACUUCGACGCCGCCAAGCCGCCGCCCUUCCGCAUCGGCGACGUGCGCGCCGCCGUGCCCGCCCACUGCUGGCGCAAGAGCCCACUCCGGUCCCUCUCCUACGUCGCCCGCGACGUCGCCGUCGUGGCCGCGCUGGCCGUGGCCGCAUGGUGGCUAAACAGCUGGGCCGUGUGGCCGCUCUACUGGGCAGCGCAGGGCACCAUGUUCUGGGCGCUCUUCGUCCUCGGCCACGACUGUGGUCACGGGAGCUUCUCGGACAGCGGGACGCUCAACAGCGUCGUCGGCCACCUGCUGCACACCUUCAUCCUUGUCCCAUACAACGGAUGGAGGAUCAGCCACAGGACGCACCAUCAGAACCAUGGCCACAUCGACAGGGACGAGUCAUGGCACCCGAUUACCGAGAAUGUGUACAAGGAGAUGGAGCCAAGCACCAAGAAGCUACGCUUCUCACUGCCAUACCCGCUCCUGGCUUUCCCUGUCUACCUCUGGUACAGAAGCCCGGGCAAGAACGGCUCGCAUUUCAACCCAAGCAGCGAUUUGUUCAGCCCCAAGGAGAGGCUUGACGUGAUCGUCUCCACCACUUGCUGGUUCACGAUGAUCGCGCUGCUCAUCGCCAUGGCGUGCGUGUUUGGGCCGGUGCCGGUGCUCAAGCUCUACGGCGUUCCAUAUGCUGUGUUUGUGAUGUGGCUUGAUUUGGUGACGUACCUUCACCACCAUGAACACCAGGACCUCCCUUGGUAUCGCGGCGAGGAAUGGAGCUACCUCCGUGGUGGCCUGACGACCGUGGACCGGGACUAUGGAUGGAUCAACAACAUCCACCAUGACAUUGGCACUCAUGUCAUCCACCACCUCUUCCCUCAAAUACCUCACUACCACCUAGUAGAAGCAACCAAGGCAGCAAGGCCAGUUCUGGGAAGAUAUUACCGCGAGCCAGAGAAGUCAGGUCCACUGCCACUUCACCUCUUCCAUGUCCUCCUCGGGAGCUUGAGAGUCGAUCACUUCGUAAGCGAUGUUGGAGAUGUUGUAUUCUACCAAACUGACCCAAGCUUGAAUGGCGAUAACUGGACGAAAAAUGGCAAGCACAAGUGAUGUAAGAUAGAGAGAUAUCAUAGCCUGCUGGAGAAAUUAGCAGAACGGGCUUCCUGCUAAAAUCAAAGCAUGUGGGUCUGCAACAACAGACAGGCUGUGUUGAUUGGUUGAUGAAAUUCAGACCAUUCAUUAGAAUUAGCAUUCUCCAAUUGUGGUUGUAGCUAGCAAUGUUAUUUUCAAUCUUACCAGUUUUGGUUGUGGAGUUAUGUAACAAAUUAAUGAACCUUCUUAGACUAUUGAUCAGUCUGGAGUUUGUAUGCGCCGGGCCUGGGAGAGUGGGCAUUAAUUUUGUGAGCCAGAU